UCUCCCUCUACACAUCUUCUCUCUCUCUCUCUGGGUUGUUCUGCGCUUUCUCUCUCUAGCUUUCUCUGGAUCCAAGCAGUCAAUUUUGCUUCAUCGUUUUCUGUUUCGCUCUAUUUUAUCCGAUUAAUCGGGGAGUUCUUUGAGGCGGCUGCUUCUAUGCCACUUUGCCAAGAAAAUGGGCAAGUGUAAGGGCUGCGGGAAAUUAGGACGAAUGCUUCCAAGGGAUAAGUCUGCAAACUCUUACGACGUCUCCCUUCUGUUGUCUCCUGUUGUCUCUGUUUGGGAUUGUAUUGUCCGUAAGAUGAGGUAUUCGUACAUACCAGAGUGGGUGUAGUUCUCAAGAUUGCAGCGAGCUUAGCACAGUUAUUUAGUUGAUUAGUUGAUAGAAGUAAAGGAAUAGGGAAAAGGAAAUAAAAAAACCAGCUACAUUAUGUAUACCUUUUAGGUUUUUCCUCUUUAGGGAAGUCCAAAAACCUAGUACACAAACUUGGGAGGGGGUUGAAGUCAAAAGCAAUCAUGAACAACACAACAUACAUGCAAGCUCCGUCGGCCCCUAGAAAAGCAAAGAAGAAGCAGGUGAAAAAUGAAGUAGACCGCAUCAAACAAGCCGAGAAGAAAAAGAGGCGUCUGGAGAAAGCCCUGGCUACGUCUGCAGCUAUCCGGGCUGAGCUAGAGAAGAAGAAGCAGAAGAAGAAGGAAGAACAACCAGAGAUGAAUGAAGAAGAGGCUGCAAAGAGGCAGCAGGAACAGCAGGUUAAAGAUGAACUGGACCGUGUCAGACAGGCCGAGAAGAAAAAGAUGCGCCUGGAGAAAGCCCUUGCUGCUUCUGCAGCCAUCCGGGCCGAGCUGGAGAAGAAAAGGCAGAAAAGACUGGAAGAACAACAAAGGCUGGAUGAAGAAGGAGCUGCCAUAGCUGAGGCUGUCGCUCUGCAAGUCCUGAUUGGGGAAGAUUCCGAUGAUCCAUGCCAAAUCAUGAUCAAUGAAGAAAGGGGUUUCAACCCAUGGGGUUAUGCCGCCAAUGUUGACUUGUACAUGGGCGGAAGAAGAGCCGAGAGCAUUCCUCAUCAAACUUGUGGCAAUUAUGCAAUUCAAGGAAUCGGGUUUCUGUCAAAUGCUUAUGGGAUAGGAAACAGUAGCUGGUCACUCCCACAUGAGCCUUUCAGAAGAAGGGAAGAAUAUGAGCUGUAUUGUGAUGAAGGGGGGUGGGAUCACAUGGGUAUAUCUGCUGAUCUUAUCGCGGCUCAGGCUGUUUCUUCGCUGCAGAUAUGUGAGAACGCCGACGCCAUUGUCUUCAAUGGGAUGUUCAGAGGAUGAUUUGAUUUGCCAUUGCAGCAGUCAGUUGCCAGUAGAUUAAGCUACUGCACAUCUCGACUCGAGCAAGUGUGUAGUGAUAUGGCUUGUGUUCUUAUCUUCCAUAAAUGUCUCUCUGAUGUUUGGGGAUGUUGGAAACAGACAAGACGCUGUUUGUUUUGUUUCGUGUUUGUAACCGUACCCGCUUGCUUGAUUGUGUUAUCUGCCUUUAUCGU